UGAUAAAUGUCGGAGCUUGGUGUUUAUGCGCGAAGUUUUGUUUGUUUUUCUAUAAAAAAAUACAACUGUUAUAAUAACAGUAUAAUUGCUUAGAUAUGUUAAUUUGUGUGAUUGGACGAGUUUCGCGCUAACAAGAUGCCUUACUACUGCACCGUGCCGCGAUGCACAUCCAUGGCUGGGAAGGCUAAAAACGUUUCUUUCCAUCAAUUUCCCAGAGAUGAGGAGCUUGCUAAACUGUGGAAUAAUAUACUUAAACGAGGGAAACCUUAUACAAAGUACUCUAAAGUAUGCAGCCUUCAUUUCAAGCCAGAGGAUUACACGAUAACAAGCGCUGGAAAAAAUAAGGGACAAUGGCGUACUCUCCGUAAAGAUGCAAUACCCUCACAGAAUCUGCCUUCAGAUACACCAGCGCCUUACACUAGAAGACAGUCAGGUGCCUGGGUGCCUGAUAAUGUUCCUGUGAUGAAUCCUCAGUUCCAGCAACAAGCCCAGCAGUUAGCGCAGGCUAUCUACAUGCAGACCAUGUUGGCGAUGCAGGCAGCCGGUGUUCAGGACGCUAUGGGACUCGCUAAUUUGUCUAAUGGCCUUCCACUACCCUUAUCAACAGAAGAAACACCGCCCACCGCUCCACCCAAACCAGAAAACAACCCAGAAACAUCUGAAAACAACCAAACCAACCCGGACUCCCAGACUAGAAUGGACCACGAUAGCAACCAAGAGAAGAAAACUUCAUACCAAUGCGAAGAAUGUUCAAAAUGUUUCAAAGACCCGGACGUUUUCAUCCUUCACAAAAGAACCCAUCGGAAUGACCAAAAUUUGAAUGGCAAAGAAAAUUUUGACCUCAAUUCUAUCAAGCCGGAGAUGUUAAAAUCAAAUCCUAUACUUGCUAAUCUCCUGAAAAAUACUAUGGAAAGAAAUAUUUUCACUUCGAAUCUAUUUGAAAAGCAGCUAAUGGUAAGUUUUUCAAAUAUGAAUAGUUUUAUGAGGAGUUAUGAUGAAGAAUGUGAUAAUAGUGACUUAAGUGAAUCCUUAGACGAUAGUAAUAAUUUAGUUAUAGAUGAGAAUUUAGCUUAGUUUUGUAUUUUUUAGGUUCUGCUGAAAAAAUACUCAAAAAUAUUCUAAAACCUUGAUAUCAUAUAAAAUUAUAAUAAUUUCUAAUACCCUUGCAUUUGACUAAAUGAAUACAAAAUGUAAAGUGCCUAAUUUAAAUUGUCAAUGCGUUGUUCUUUUCUCAAAUUAUAUCAUCAUCUCCCGAGCCUUUUCCCAACUAUGUUGGGGUCGGCUUCCAGUCUAACCGGAUGCAGCUGAGUACCAGUGUGCCACAUAGAAAGUAAAAUGCACAAUAUUUAACUGAAAUAAAAGUUAUAGGACUAUAUUUUACUCUUCACUCAUUUUGUAUUAAUUUAGUCAAAUAGCUUGUUGGAAAAAAUAAAUCGUAUUUUUGAGUUUUUCAGCAGAAUUGAUAUAAUAAGACUGUAUUUUAGAUAUAAUACACUUUUGUAUUGACAAACUGGUAACAACUUAAUAUUUAAAU